GCUCCUCCUUUGAAAUUAAGAAGCCUGAAGACAAUGUUGCCCCUGCGUACUCUCGGGGGCAAAAUGACCGCCCGGCCCAUGAAAGACGGGAAUUCCGCCGCUGUUGUGCACUUGUGCUUUCGCAUUCAUGCUACUCAACCGCCACGGAACCUCACCGAGCUCAUGUGGCUUAUCAGAGGCGGAAUUUCACCCAUUUUUAUGAUUAGGGUUUAUCUUUCAAUCCCUAAUAAUCACCCACUUCUCAAAUCCCGUCCAUCUUUGCAGAACCCUAAAACUCACUGAACCAAUGUCCUGUGUGUGUCUGUGUUGAUUCUGAUGUUAGAGACAAGAAGCAGGGGAAGGAACAAUAUGGAAGAUGAUAGUGGCACAGAAAAAACGAAAAUUCGAAGAACCAGUGAGGAUGUGGACUUAAUUAGUGAUCUACCGGAUUCCGUUUUGUGCCAAAUUCUUGACUUUCUUCCUACCACCAUUGAUGCUAUGAGAUCGAGCUUUGUAAGCAAGAGAUGGGAAUCUUUAUGGACCUCUAUUCCAGUUAUUAUCUUAGACGAGAGACAUUUUGUCGAAAAUGUCUGUGAGGUAACUUUACAGGAGCAGAAGAACUUCGCUGAUUUUGUUGAACGGUUUAUUACCUUUCAUGGAGAUAUGAAGUUAUCGGAGCUCUGGCUACGGUUCGAUAUCAGAAGAUAUCUCAAGUUUUCUUCUCGUGCUGAAACAUGGGUACGUACUGUGAUGACUACUGAUGCUAGAACCAUUGACUUAAAUUUCACCGGAAAUACCUUGGCUUUGGCAGACAUGGAGCAGGAUAUGUACACUUUAACUCCAUGUCGUUUCCCAUCCAGAUCAUUGAAAGUUUUAAGAAUAAAAUAUUGUAAGCUUAGACUCUUGCAGAACACUAGCUUUAUCUCUCUUCAAACCGUAACUUUGGCAGCGGUAAAAUUAUCUGAUUCCACAGUUAAUGCUCUGAUAUCUUGUUCUCCAUGCCUAGAAGAAUUGAUACUACAGUGCUGCUUUGUUCCUGAUUCUUUUCUACUUGAAGCUCCUGAAUCACAUCUGAAGUGCAUAGUGGUUGAUAACUGUUUUACUAGAGGAAAGAAAUUCAUUGAACAUUUCUCUAUAGAUAUUCCAAGCCUUCAGAGCUUUAAGUAUGAGGGGAUUAUAAAAGAUGUUUCUGUGAAGGACUCGAGGAAUCUGAUUGAUGCUGAAAUUGAAGAGAAUUUUAAGUACUGUGGGUUUCCAAAUCAUGAAUACAACAUGAUAUGUGAGCUAUUCAAGGGUCUUCGUCAUGUCCAUUCUCUAACACUAUCUAGCUGGUUGUAUAUUGAGGCUCUUCAAGAUGUGCGAGUAGGUAACCGUGAGCUGCUGGAUGACGUUUUAUACACUCUAAAGCAUUUAAACCUGAAGAUGUGGGUAUCAGGUUGUGAACUUUGGGAGCUAGCUCCAUUCUUGUGCUUCUCGCCUAAUUUGGAGACUUUAUCUAUAGACCUUGUUGAGCCGGAAGAAGGGGAUGUUUCAUACAUGUUAGAUAAAUCAGUUCUCAAAGCAAAUGAAACCUGGGACGAACUGACAAUGCCUUUAGAAUUUUUACUUCAUCUGAAAAAGGUUGAGAUCAAGGGCUUUGAAGGGAGAGGCAAUGAAAUAGAUUUUGUAGUCUUUUUGCUUGAGAAUGCAGAAGUUUUGGAGAAGAUGGUUAUUUCUAAUGCUGAUUUAACAGCAAGAUAUGAGAAGUACAAGAACAAAGGCAACAAGAAAACACUGAAACAGUUACAGAAGGCACAAAAGAAGUCAAGUAGAUACUUUUUCUUUCUUCGAAAAGCAUCACCUUGUGCUGAAAUAGUACUCUCAUGGGACUGAAAUAUUUGCAUAGAUGUCAUUUUUGGUCCCAAUUUGCCUAGUCCUUGAAUCUUCCUUCGAAUUGCUAUUUUCCUUUUCUUUUUUCCUCCAAAAUUUGCCAUUCACAGUGCAGCAACUAGGGAUUCCUUUGAUGCUUUUCCAGAAGUUUCUAUCUCCUGCAAGGAGAUGCUGAAAGGGAUUGGAGUAGGCAAUAUGGCAUAUCAUACAAGUGCCCAUAUGUGUGUAUUUUUUUCCCUAGUGCAGAACAUAAAUCAGAUAUAUGAUUUUCGACUUUACUACCUUAUUUAGAAUUGAGUAUUAGGGGCAGACUUAUCAGUCAAUGUCAUUUGAUAUUGCGUUUGUGAAAGUGAUGUUAAUAUUGAAUUAAGAUCCACUAAUCAUAUCAUGGAUUGAAUAUCUUUUUUCUUCC